AGCUAAAAGGGUCGGUUAUUUCCACUGGGUUGAGAAAAAAGGUAUGGCGUUGGCAAUGCAGUCGGAUAGUCUAUAUUGAGGUGGAAAAUGCACAUUAACAGCUUUCAACAUUGCCGACCCAUGGCGAAUCGGUGCUAAUCUGCGGUAUGUUUCAGGAAUUAACAAGUGGUGAUUGUUGCUAGCCAUACCAGGAAUAAGGCAAGGCGGUGUAUACUAGUGUAUAUAUUUGCCGUCGGUUUUAGUCGGCAUCCCUUCUGUGAAAUGGUAGCACCCAACCUUUCUUCAUUCAGCCGCUGCUAUUGUUAGCGUGAUUGUGAGGUUUUGUGGAUGGACUGGUAUACAAUUGUAGGCAACCCUCCACCGGGGACUGAACCCAACAUGGCUGCGGCAGACAGCACGUCGCUAGACUCUCUGGCUUGGAGCGACACCGAGAUGCGCCUUUCGGACAUUGAAGCGCAGUACAAAUUCCCACAGCUCACCAGAAUCACUCCCGACACAUACAAGGCCCUGGGACCACAGGCCUGCACAGAGAGCGAGGUCGUUUUACUACAGGACGCGACAAGGGCCAGCAAAAUCAUGGCUCGACUAUUGAAAAGGGACCGCAAAGAUACCGGUCCCAGGCUAGCCAUUCCGCUAAAGUAUCCGGGCAAGUUUCAGAUGCUGCGCGGCCCAAACGUCUCCAGAUCGUUCGAGAAUGUAAAACAGGUAGCCAACGUGUUUCCGUCCAAGAUCUUUGCCCGGGAAGACAUUCGGGAGGAUUCGAUACUGCUCAUGAGCGAGGUGAAGCCAAGUGACAGUGUGUCGUCCCGCGGGACUAACCCCGUCGUGGUCUCGGAAAACGAUGAGCUCCGGCCGCUCGGUAUUGUCGUAGCACGGCAGCAAAAGGAGAAACGAAAAUCAUUCCUCGGUAUAUUCAAGAAAAAAGAACCGCCAAGAUACCUAGAAGUGGUCAGGAAAAAGGACGGAAAGCGAAUCCAGCUCCCCUUUACUCUGAAGGCCAGGUUCAGCACGGGCGGGCCCGGCCAGCCGGACAGAGUUGACCUCACCACGCACUUGACGGCUGAAGAAAUCGUCCGGAAGUUCCCGCUUCCUCUGACAGUUCGCCUCGUCAGUGGCCAGCGACCGAAGACAAUCUCAAGGGAGGAGUUUGGUGAUGGAGUUAUGUACUUCGAGGCCACCAGGUCAGAGGUCGUCGUCUUGGCAACCACUGUGGAGCGAAGUGACAACAUUCUCCUGGAGUUUCCGCUCAAACGUAACAUGUCGUUCCGCGUGGCAGAGGGGAUGCUGGCAGCUGGAGACCUCCGGAGACAGUAUCAUCUCGUCAUGGCAACAUUCAAGGAAAAGCAUCCUGUUGAUGUCACUAAGUACUGUGAGAACAUCAAAGUACUCACCCGUCUAGAAAAGCCCAAACCAACAGCAGAAAAGUCGCCCCAGCAACAAACAACAAACGGCCUUUUGAGAGAGACAAUUCCUCCCAGAGUUCCGGGAAAGCCCCUUGCGGCAAAGGCUAUUCCUGCAGAAAACCAAGUUCCCGAUUCCAGUAGUAAGGGUACUGAUGAACCCGGGGAGUCUGGUACACUGGGGGCUACAGGUGUGGAAGAUCUCCCACCUCCACCGCCGGAGCUACAGAUCACACCAAAACAUGUGGCUGAGUCUGACGACCCAGGUACGCCUACUUCUCAAUCCGUGUCUGUUGUAACUGCUGACUCACACCUCUCGUCACAGGUGGGCGGUACUGUCCCCGAAGAAAGGGAAGCUGUCGCCAAGAAAGACGAGGACAGUGAGUCCCAUCACACACCGCGUACCCUGACAACAGAGGAGGUGGAUGUACAAGUCCCCAAACAAAAAGACAAAGAUGAAGAUAAAAACACAGAAGAACCACGUCACAGAGUGACCGCAGGCGGUGAGGAGGACAUAACUAAUUCUGUUCCCUCACGUAUCGUGAACGAAGUUCGCCAACACGCUAAUAACGUGAGGGAGGCAAACGAGCGACUCGUUUGAAGAAUUAGAUACAGAAAAAAAAGUAAUGACAAAUAUACCAUAUACUCCUAAACCCAAGUAGAUUUGGACACACAUGAAAACCUAUCGGACUAACAGCCUCAAACGUCGUCGAAAGUUGGACUGGACGAAAAUACAGACUCAUGGACGUCUUGGAUGUGUAUUUGUUGCUAGGUAUCUAGAGACUAGAGCCAACGUAUUCAGUCCCUUAUCAGCGUAGUAUUGUAUUUAUAUGACAUUGGUGUGAAUUUUGGUUUACGCAUACGUAAGGUUUGAUGUGGUCUUUGCAAUUAUGCUAUUUUUUUACCAUUACGGUAAUUUUUUUACAAUUUUUCACAAAUGACUUAUGAAAAAUAUAUGCAUUUGCAAUGGCCAUUUCUAGUGUAACUGAUGAUAUAACUUACUCAAAGUCCAGUCCUCCCGGUGACGGACAUAGUUGCACUUACUGAUUCUUGGGGUGUUCCUUUGCUUCCUACAUUAAUGAAAGCUGAAAUGUGACCCAUGCACCUGAAGACAAGUUGAGUAUGAUUUCAGGGCUAUUUGUGUGAUGCGCCAUGGCUCUCGCAUGUAGCCAAAGCACACCAGGUCACACCUAAUCUUGUUAUUACCUGUGUUGGGUUCUUUUUCAUGUAGAGGUUUGAUUGAGACUAUAUAUUGGCUAGGAACUCAAUAUCCUCCUGUAUUGUAAGUAGCUUGUACGGCAUAUCUAUUCAACAUUUAUGUGUUCACAAUUAAUUGGUAUCGAUAUUUGUACACUAAAGAUAUUCUAAGUAAAUCAUACGUUAAUAUUUUGACACAAAGAAACAAACAAUAUUAAUCGUUUAGUAGGAAUAUUUAAUACACAAGAACAUUGAAUACGGUCAAUAAACUAUAGUUAUACAUUGCGGUAGACAAUUGUACAUGUGUGUGUUG